AUGCAUCCUCCCAAGGCUAUUAUGCUUUUAUUAGGGAGGCUUUUUAAUGCUUUCCUUUGGGAUGGUGAAUCAAGGAAGAUCCAUUGGACUUCAUGGGAAAAGUUAUGCUUCCCGAAGGAGGAGGGUGGGCUGGAUUUUCAUUCUCUUGGGGAUAUGGUUAAAGCCUUUUCUUGUAAGUUAUGGUGGAAUUUUAGGUUGCAAGUAUCUCCAUGGGCAAAAUUUAUGCUUUGUAAGUAUGCGCAGCAAUCUCAUCCUUCGAUGGUGGAACUUGGUCAUUCCUCAGCUGACUCUCCUUAUUUCCUUGUGGCAAAAUUUUUUAUUGGGGACAACUGGAAUGAGGCAAAACUUAGGCUUUGGUUACCGGAACCUAUAGUGUUGCAAGUUUUACAGGUACAGUUUGAUCCGUCUAAGAAGGACUCCAUGGUAUGGUCUCCGUCUGCUAAUGGGCUUUUUUCAGUUUCCACUGCUUGGGAGACUAUCAGGAAAAGGAAAAAGAUCUGUCUGGUCACCGGGUUCAUUUGGAACGCCAUUGUCCCUAUUAAAUUGUCUUUCUUUGUGUGGAGAUUGAUUCAUAAUCUAUUGCCUUUGGAGGAGAAUUUACAGCAUAAGGGAUUCAUGUUAGUAUCCAAGUGUGUAUGCUGUCAAUCAGGUACUGAAUCGGGACUUCAUGUCUUCCUUGAUGGUUCUGUAGCUGUUGCUAUUUGGGACCAUUUUUUCAACGUUUUUGGUCUGAAAAUACUGAAAUUCUCUUGUGUUUCGGCUUUGCUGCUUCACUGCGAGGUUUCAAGGGGUAAAUCAUUCAACUGCCCAAGUUAUCUGGGAGGUGGAGGUUUUCUUAAAUCACUUGGUACAGCAAAGGUAUUCAAAAAUUCUUCUUUCCAAGGAGAUACAGACGUUAUAUGGGCAUCUUUAGCUCCUUCAUCUACAAUUUCGCAUCGGCAUGUUUCCGUGUCUUGGGGUAGACCAUCUCCGGGUUCUCUAAAGCUUAAUACAGAUGCAAGUGUCAUGCAAAAUGUGGCCGUUGGGGAUGGGCUGGUUAGGAAUCAUCAAGGGGAGGUAAUUUUUGCUUUUUACAAAGAAUUUGGUGACGUGGACAUCUUGGCGACAGAGAGCCUUUCCCUUUUAUUUGGUUUGAUUUUGUGUGUACAAAAAGGCAUGUUUGGUUUUGCUGUGGAAGUCGAUUUGGUGGUGUUGGUGAAGUUGAUUCUAUCAAAUUCUCUGGCCAAAUGGCCACUAUGCAAUACAAUGCGUCAUAUUAGGAAGAUAAUAUCUCAGGCUUUAGUUGGGAUUUCGCAUGUCUUCAGAGAGGCAAAUGGUGUAGUGGAUAAAUUAGCUAGCUUGAAAUUGGGGUCACAGCGAAUUUUUAACUCAUCACAAGAACUUCCAUCUUUAGUUAAAGCCAUUGUAGCUUUAGAUUCAAUGUCGUUUUCCCAUUUUAGGACACAAGUUGUACGGGAGUAA